AGGUAGGACCACCUGACUGUGGUAUUGUGAGGAUCCGGUCAGCUAAGGCUGGUAGGUGCUUACCUUGGCCAUGUAGCAGAUGCUCAGGAAAUGAGAUCUAUAGAGUAUAUUAAUGAAAGACAAAUUUAAUUUUGCACAUAAAGUUACGAAAUGUCUCCUUAUGGCAGUGAUUCUCAUCUAAAAGUCAUACCAUCCCACUGAAGAAGACCUAUGUUAGGGUUUAUAACAGACUACUCUCUGGACAAACUUAAUCCACUUAAAAAAACUAAUAAAUGUAUACAGCAUUUGGAAUCCAAAGAACUGAAUUCAGGAUCUGGUUUGGCCCCUUAUUCUGUGAUCUUGAAUAACUGAGCCUUGGUUCUCUUGUUUAUAAAAUGUACUUAUGUAAGUGAACAGGUGGUAAAUGCCCACCAUGAAAUACUAUGGAGCAGUUAGAAGCAACAGAGCAAUUAGAACACAGACCUGGAAAACAUAGUUCCAAGUGAAAUAAAAAGGUGAUUGGCAGAAUGAGAAAUGUAACAAUGUCAUUUAUGUAAAAUCAAAACAACCACAAGCAGAAUAUAACACCCAUGCAAAUUACAGACAUCUAGUACAGUGUCAUGAUUGUCUACAAAAGGAGGAGAAUGCAAGUGAGUUGGGAGGUUUAAAAGGGAUCAAUAAAUAAAGACCACAGAGGGGCCUCAGUACAUUUAGAAACAAAUAACAUGCAAACGAUGCUUCCCUGCCUUCCUCACAAGGUUACUCUGAGGAGCUAAUGAGAUUGUGCAUAUGAAAACAAAGGUUAAUUGACUGUCUUCAUUAUGAUCUCCAUAUUGGACAAAUGAACUGAACAGAGAUAAAAAUUCCCCAUCAUACUUUGGCAGGAAGCUGUUGCCAGGGCAGCACCCGUGAAGCCCUGCCCUGGCUUCAGAGUCUGCUGGUGAGAUGACAUCAAAACCCUUCAUGUAGGAGGGUGGCAGUCUCCCUCCCUUCUGGAGACACCACCUGAUGGGCCAGCCAGAGGCAGCAGCAGCCUCUGCCCAUGGAUCCACCACAAACAUCCCACUUGAGCCCUCGGAAGAAGAGACCGCGGCAGACGGGUGCCUUGAUGGCCUGCUCUCCUCAAGACAUCAAAUUUCAAGAUUUGGUCGUCUUCAUUUUGGAGAAGAAAAUGGGAACCACCCGCAGAACGUUCCUCAUGGAGCUGGCCCGCAGGAAAGGGUUCAGGGUUGAAAAUGAGCUCAGUGAUUCUGUCACCCACAUUGUAGCAGAGAACAACUCGGGUUCAGAUGUUCUGGAGUGGCUUCAAGUACAGAAAAUACAAGUUAGCUCACAACCAGAACUCCUUGAUGUCUCCUGGCUGAUAGAAUGUAUAGGAGCAGGGAAACCGGUGGAGAUGACAGGAAAACACCAGCUUGUUGUGAGAAGAGACUAUUCAGAUAGCACCAAUCCAGGCCCCCCGAAGACUCUACCAACUGCUGUACAAAAGAUCUCCCAGUAUGCGUGUCAGAGAAGAACCACUUUAAACAACUGUAACCAGAUAUUCACGGAUGCCUUUGAUAUAUUGGCUGAAAACUGUGAGUUUAGAGAAAAUGAAGACUCCUGUGUGACAUUUAUGAGAGCAGCUUCUGUAUUGAAAUCUCUGCCAUUCACAAUCAUCAGUAUGAAGGACACAGAAGGAAUUCCCUGCCUGGGGUCCAAGGUGAAGUGUAUCAUAGAGGAGAUUAUUGAAGAUGGAGAAAGUUCUGAAGUUAAAGCUGUGUUAAAUGAUGAACGAUAUCAAUCCUUCAAACUCUUCACUUCUGUAUUCGGAGUGGGGUUGAAGACUUCUGAGAAGUGGUUCAGGAUGGGUUUCAGAACUCUGAGUAAAGUAAGGUCGGACGAAAGCCUGAAAUUUACACGAAUGCAGAGAGCAGGAUUUCUGUAUUAUGAAGACCUUGUCAGCUGUGUGACCAGGGCAGAAGCAGAAGCCGUCAGUGUGCUGGUUAAAGAGGCUGUCCGGGCAUUUCUUCCGGAUGCUUUCGUCACCAUGACAGGAGGGUUCCGGAGGGGUAAGAAGAUGGGGCAUGAUGUAGAUUUUUUAAUUACCAGCCCAGGAUCAACAGAGGAUGAAGAGCAACAACUUUUACAGAAAGUGAUGAACUUAUGGGAAAAGAAGGGAUUAGUUUUAUAUUAUGACCUUGUGGAGUCAACAUUUGAAAAGCUCAGGUUGCCUAGCAGGAAAGUUGAUGCUUUGGAUCAUUUUCAAAAGUGCUUUUUGAUUUUCAAAUUGCCUCUUCAAAGAGUGGACAGUGACCAGUCUAGCUGGCAGGAGGGAAAGACCUGGAAGGCCAUCCGUGUGGAUUUAGUCAUGUGCCCCUACGAGCGUCGUGCCUUCGCCCUGUUGGGAUGGACUGGCUCACGGCAGUUUGAGAGAGACCUCCGGCGCUAUGCCACACAUGAACGGAAGAUGAUUCUGGAUAACCAUGCUUUAUAUGACAAGACCAAGAGGAUAUUCCUCAAGGCAGAAAGUGAAGAAGAAAUUUUUGCGCAUCUGGGAUUGGAUUAUAUUGAACCAUGGGAAAGAAAUGCCUAGGAAAAUGUUGUCAACCUUUUUUCCCUUUUGUUUUCAAGUUAAAUAAAUUAUGCUUCAUAUUAGUAAAAGAUGCCAUAGGAAAGUUCAGGGUUAUUUAGGUCUUAUUGAAAUGCAGAUCGCUACUAGAAAUAUAUAGCUUUGGAAACAUGGGAAGGCGCCACUGGUAAUGGGUAAGGUUCUAAUAGGCCAUGUUUAUGACUGUUGCGUAGAAUUCAUAAUGCAUUUUUCAAGAGAAACGAUGUUGUCAUUGGUGGCUGAUUCAGGGAAGCUCAUCAAAUCCCACUUUGUUCACAGUGUAGCUGAAAUACUGUCUAUCUCUAAUAAAAACAGAAGGAAACAA